AUGGAUUUUGAUGAUUUUAGUGGUUUUCAAUUAUUGGGAUGUAAAAAUAAUACAAUGAAAAUGUGCAAGGGAAAUGCUUGUUAUAUGAGGCACCACAAAAAUUAUGGUUUUUUUUUAUUUACAUCAGGAUGUUUAAAUUUAACUUUUAAUGAUUUGUCAAAUAUAAAUUAUAGUCAAAAACUAGGAAAAAAUAUUCGUUAUUGUUAUGGAAAUGAAACAACAGUUUGUGAAAUGAAUAACAAAACAGGAACAUGUAUCUGCUCAAGUAACUUAUGUAAUGAGGUAGAAGAGGCAAAAUAUUUUAGUGAAUAUGAAUCUCCACUAUUUAAUGAUAUAAAUUUUGAUGAAAUUUCUCAUUAUAGAUAUUACCUACCAAAUGAUCCAAUUUUACUAGAUUAUGAAAUUAAAAAUAAAUAUGAAAGUCGAAAAAAAGGAAAUAAAUCUUUGAUGAUUGAUAAGUUUUUAAAUGAAGAUAUUACAUCUUUUGUUUGUUCAACAUCACCAAGAUUAAUUUGUGACCAAAGUCAUAGAAAAUUAUGGUUAUAUAAAAAAAUAGAAAUUUUUAAUUUAUUAAAAAAGUAUAAUAAUAAUCUUAAAUCUUCUCAACUGACUACUAAUGAUUAUCUUAUUAAAGAUAAGUAUUGUAGAAAUAUCUUAGAAAGUCCUAUUUUGUUAGAAGAUGAUUUAUUACAUAUUCCUUUAAGUUGUGUUUGGAAUGGGAAUGGCCUUUUUCCUAAAUGUAUGCCAAUUUCAGAGAUGAAUGGAAGAUUAAAUAAAUCUCCCUCAACAAUAGUUUAUGAAUCUAAAAUAUGGCAAAAAAAAUAUUUAAAUUUUUCACAAAUUUUUGGAUGUGAUACAAAUAAAUAUAAAAAUUAUAUAAAUGAUAUUAAAGAGAUUUAUAUAUGUAAAGAAUUUUGUAUUGCUUCAGGAUUUGGACCAUUUUACCAAUUAAUACUCCUAUUUACAAUUAUCUUAAGUAUAAUUGAUUAUAAUUUUUUAUCAUAA